GGGGGCGGUUGGCGGUGGGGGAGGGGCGGCGCUGACAGGGCUAUGCCGAGCCGGGCCCUGCCCGCGCCAGCCGUUGCCUGAGCCCUAAUCCCCGUCCGGGCAGCAACGGCCGCCGCUAGCAGCGAUUGUGCCGAGCAAGCGAACAAGCGAGUGGCAGCCGCCGGGACAGGGCCACGAUGGGUGAACCCUCGGCCUCAUCCAACUCCGGUGGCGGCGUGUCCCUGUCGCUCAUUGAAUCAGAGCUCUACUUCCUCAUAGCUCGGUUCCUGACCACCGGGCCCUGCAGAAGAGCGCUGAAGGUGCUGGUGCAGGAACUGGAGCAGUACCAGUUGCUUCCUAAAAGGUUGGAUUGGCAAGGAAAUGAGCAUUAUAGAAGUUACGAAGAAUUGGUGCUGUCCAACAAACAUGUGUCUCCAGACCAUUUGUUACAAAUUUGCAAACGUAUUGGCCCUAUACUGGAUAAGGAAAUUCCACCCAGCAUUUCGAGAGUGAAUUCUUUGCUUGGUGCAGGGAGACAGUCAUUGUUACGUACAGCAAAAGAUUGCAGGAACACUGUUUGGAAGGGCUCUGCAUUUGCUGCUCUUCAUAGAGGAAGACCUCCUGAAUUUCCUGUGAACUAUGGCUCACCACCAAAUCUUGUGGAAGUACAUCGAGCAAAACAGUUAACUGGAUAUGCAAAAUUCAGUACUUCAUUUCCAGGAAGUAUGUAUCAGCAUGUCAAGAUGCACAGACGAAUUCUUGGCCACCUUUCUUCUGUAUAUUGUGUUGCAUUCGACAGGACUGGACAUAGAAUAUUUACCGGCUCAGACGACUGUUUGGUAAAGAUUUGGUCAACUCAUAAUGGCAGGUUAUUUGCCACAUUACGAGGACAUUCAGCAGAAAUUUCUGAUAUGGCUGUCAAUUAUGAAAACACUAUGAUAGCAGCUGGAAGCUGUGAUAAAAUGAUCAGAGUGUGGUGUCUGAGAACUUGUGCACCGGUUGCGGUCCUCCAUGGACACACAGGGUCCAUUACCUCAUUACAGUUUAGUCCAAUGGUGAGAGGCUCUAUGCGAUACAUGGUCUCUACAGGUGCAGAUGGAACUGUUUGCUUUUGGCAGUGGGAUGCAGACUCCAUGAAAUUCAACAAUCGGCCAGUGAAAUUCACAGAAAAACCCAGACCCGGGGUUCAGAUGCUUUGCUCUUCAUUCAGUGUAGGUGGUAUGUUUUUAGCAACUGGCAGCACUGACCAUGUCAUCAGGAUGUAUUUUUUUGGCUCUGAAACACCUGAGAAAAUAGCUGAAUUGGAAAGUCAUGCUGACAAAGUUGACAGCAUUCAGUUUUCUAACAGUGGUGAUAGGUUCAUAAGUGGCAGUAGAGAUGGAACAGCUCGAGUCUGGCGUUUUGAGCAAGCAGAAUGGAGGAGUAUUUUGUUGGAUAUGUCUGAUCGAUUACCAGGUGAUACAUGUUCAGAAGAAGACAAAUUUAUGAAGCCUAAAGUAACUAUGAUAGCCUGGAACCAGAAUGAUAACUAUGUUGUUACGGCUGUAAAUAAUCAUCUGCUCAAAGUUUGGAAUUCCUGUACAGGGCAAUUGCUUCAUGACUUGGUGGGGCAUGCAGAUGAAGUGUUUGUGUUGGAGACCCAUCCUUUUGAUUCCAGGAUAAUGCUUUCUGCAGGUCAUGAUGGCAACAUUUUUAUAUGGGACAUUACCAAAGGCACAAAAACGAAGCAUUAUUUUAACAUGAUUGAAGGCCAAGGACACGGUGCUGUUUUUGACUGUAAAUUUUCACCAGAUGGGCAGCACUUUGCAUGCACAGAUUCUCAUGGGCAUCUAUUGAUAUUUGGUUUUGGCUGUAGCAGAUCUUACGAAAAGAUUCCUGAUCAGAUGUUCUUCCAUACUGACUACCGGCCGCUUAUUCGAGACUCUAACAAUUACGUCCUAGAUGAGCAGACUCAACAGGCUCCUCAUCUCAUGCCCCCUCCCUUCUUAGUAGAUGUGGAUGGAAACCCUCAUCCAACAAAAUACCAGAGAUUGGUGCCAGGAAGAGAGAAUUGUGCAGAUGAACAUUUGAUUCCUCAGCUUGGCUAUGUAGCAACAAGUGAUGGAGAAGUGGUUGAACAAGUUAUAGGCCAGCAAACAGUUGAUCAAGAUGAACAAGGCUUGGAGCCCAGCAUUCUUGAUGGCAUGAUUAGACAAUUACAACUAGAACAAGAUCAAAGACUUGGAGUUGAUCAGGAAUCUGCUUCUGGUGCCCCACAGAAUGGAGAAGGAACACCUAGAAGAGCUUUCAGAAGACCAAGUUUUGAUAUCCAGUCUCCUCCCAAUAUUGGUCUGCGACGUAGUGGGCAGGUUGAAGGUGUGCGUCAGAUGCAUCAGAAUGCUCCACGAAGUCAGAUGGCUACUGAACGAGACCUUCAGGCUUGGAGACGAAGAGUUGUUGUACCAGAAAUACCACCAAGUUUACUCAGGAAGCAGGAAGAAUAUCGAAUUGCAAAAGGGGAAGAAGAGAGAGAUCUUUAUGCAACAGAGAAGAAGAAGUCAUUUGAGUCAUUGGAAAAGAGUGACUCUGAGUCUUCAUUAAUACAAUCAAAGCGUAGACUGCAUAGACGGAAAUAUGCCAGUUACCGAACACGGAAUAACAUUGAGCAAUUAGAGUCUUCUGAUGAGGAAAGAGACAACUCCUUUGGCUUAAUAGAACAGGAAGCUGAAGAAAGUGAGGGCUCUGGCUCAUCAGAUGAAGAGGAAGAGUGGAAAAGUGACAAGAAAAGCAACAGUAAUAGUUCUAGUGAUUCUUCAAGCAGAUACUCUGACUGGAUUGCUGAUGCAGGGAUUAACCUGCAACCUCCUGUACGGACUUCCCGACGUAAAGCUAUCAGAUACUGCAGCUCAUCAGAAGAUGAAGUAUCAGCAGAGAAAUCAUCUCCUCCGAAGAGGAGAAGAAGAAAAAGGAGAAAAAAACUGAAACCAAAAAAGCAGGGGGAGGCUAAUGCUCCAACCCAACCAGUAAACUUAGAAAUGUCCUAUGAUUGGCAUCCUCCUGUUUGGAUAACAGACACAGCCCUUCGAAGAUCCCCUUUUGUUCCUCAGAUGGGAGAUGAGGUAAUAUAUUUCCGACAAGGACAUGAAGCUUACAUUGAAGCAGUUAGAAGAAAUAAUAUAUAUGAACUGAAUCCACACAAGGAGCCAUGGAGAAAAGUAGUCCUUAGGGAUCAGGAAUUGGUGAAAAUUGUUGGAAUUAGAUAUGAGAUUGGUCCUCCCACAUUGUGUUGCCUGAAGCUUGCCUUUAUAGAUCAUGCCACUGGAAAACAUACAGACAAAUCAUUUUCCAUCAGGUACCAUGAUAUGCCGGACGUCAUUGACUUCCUUAUAUUACGUCAGUUCUAUGAUGAAGCACGGCAAAGGAACUGGCAAGCUUCUGAUAGGUUCCGAUCCAUUAUUGAUGAUGCGUGGUGGUUUGGAACAGUGCUGGGUCAAGAACCAUAUCAGCCUCAGUAUCCAGAUAGUCAUUUUCAGUGUUACAGUGUUAAAUGGGACAAUGGUGAAAUUGAAAAGCUUAGCCCAUGGGAUAUGGAACCGGUUCCUGAUAAUGUUGAUCAGCCUGAAGAAUUAGGAGCUAGUGUUUCUGUGACUUUUGAUGAAGUGGAGAAGCUACUAUAUAAACCCCAAGAGGGAGAGUGGGGGAUGAGAUCUCGUGAUGAAGCAUGUGAACGGAUUAUCAGUGGUAUCGAUCAGCUUCUGACUCUUGACAUUUCAGCAGCUUUUGCUGGUCCAGUUGACCUAUGUACAUAUCCCAAGUACUGUACCGUGAUUGCUUAUCCAACAGACCUGAACACUAUUCGGACAAGACUGGUUAACCGAUUCUACAGGAGAAUCUCUGCAUUGGUUUGGGAAGUAAGAUACAUUGAAAGCAAUGCUAGGACUUUCAAUGAACCUGGAAGUGCUAUUGCUAGAGCUGCAAAAAAGAUAACUACCCAGCUCUUAAAGUUUAUCAAUGAUGAGGACUCCACAAACAUUUUUGAGCUAUGUAGCACAACAGAUGAUGAACAAGAUUAUCUUGAUACUGAUCUGGAUGAUGAAAAAUGUCUUCCGAGAACAUCAUACAGAAGAAGAAAAGGACGUGGCUUAAAAAAAGGAAAAAGCUUGAAAACUGGCUAUGAUGAAAACAGUUGGAAGAAGCAGUGCAUGGAAUUGGUGAAUUUAAUUUUUCAGUGUGAGGAUUCAGAACCUUUCAGGCAGCCAGUUGAUUUGGAUCAAUAUCCUGAUUACAGACACAUUAUAGACACUCCAAUGGACUUUGGUACAGUGAAAGAAACUCUGGAAGCUGGAAAUUACGACACUCCAAUGGAACUGUGCAAAGAUAUAAGACUAAUAUUUAGUAAUGCUAAAUCUUACACUCCAAACAAAAAAUCAAAGAUUUAUAGUAUGACCUUGAGAUUGUCAGCACUAUUUGAAGAGAAAAUAAGAAGAAUUAUUUCAGAUUUCAAAAAUGGUCAGAAACAGAAUGAAAAAUUACGAAGAAACCGGAGGUAUACUAGAAGAGUUCAGAAUCAAAGCUCAGUGCAGCAUCCUCCCAAGAUGCUCAGAAAUACGAAGCAGAAACCUUUGAAGUCUCAGGCAAAAAAUGAAACUGAGCAGGAAGAUUCUUUUACUCAACCUACCUCAAGCAGAGCUGCCUGUGUUGCGAGCCAUAAAAUGAAUGCUAGCAGCUACAAUCAUAGUUCUUCUGGUGAAUCCUCUGAUUCUGCAUGCCUGGCUUCUUUUGAGAGGAAUGGAAAAGCUAGAUCCACAACACUAACAAAUUGUUCGGCAUUAUCAUCAGAAAGUGAAAUAGAAGCCCCUUUGGUUUCUUCAUCUACUUCUACAAGUAGCUCAGAAGACAGCAAAGAAGGCUCCAUGGCUCUUGUGUCACCUCCGCUACACAAUGGUGUUUGCAGAAGAAAGAACAGCAAUCGCAGGAUAACUAGAAAUCGAGCUGCUCAGAGAAAACAAACAGGAACACUUCUUCAGGAGAAUGGGAAUACAAGGAAAAACGUUAGGAAAAAGUUAUACAGAAGUGACUCUGAAAAUACUUCGGUGGUGACAUCUGCAUCUAUCCGUAACAGACACAGAAAAACUCCACGCAGAAGUGCUGCUGUGGCUGCUAAUAAGCUAAGGCUCAUGAGUGACGUGGAGGAAGAGGUUUCAAGCUCAGAAAGUAUUGGCAUUGGAUGCAAGAACAGAAAACUGCCUCACCGAAAUGCCUCAGCUGCAGCAAGGCGAAUGUUACUAGAAGGCUCUGAGGAUGAUGUAGGCUUAAAAUCUGAAAGUGAAAAAGAAACUGAGGAGCAGCUUACCAAGAGGAAAAUAGUUUCUCAACCUGGUUCACUUGCUGCAAGAAGAAAAUAUGUUAGUGAAUCUGAAAAUGGAACUUCAGAUUCUGAGACAGACACACAGACAAAGCAGAAAAACUCGCAAAGCAAUGGCCAUGGCCAUAAACAAUUACGUGGGACAGUCUGUUGUGUGUCUCCCAAGGUGAAAAGUCUCACUUUAGACUUUUCAGAGGAGGACUCCAAAAGCCAUAAUUCAGAGGAUGGGAGCAGUCAAAGAGUUUCUGACCAGUCAACAUCUGCAUGUAAAAAGCCUGUAGUGAGCAACUCUGAGGAUGAAGUGGAUUCUGACUUGGAUGGAUGGAAUAGCAGAAAAAAUCUGCAGCUUGCUCCUCCCUUAAAAAAAGCAAAAGUCUUGAGUGAUUUAGAGGACACAGGAGAGUCUGAAACAGAAGACAGGCAAGAUAGGAAAUGUUUUUUCUCAGAGAGCUUGGUGCCAACUAGAAUUGUAGGGAAUUCAAAAUCUGGACCUGCUUCCAGCCUCAAUCACUCCUCUGAUACAGAAUCUGGUACGGAUUCCAAUAACAGUAAUUUUUGUCAAACUUCUUCAAAAACAAGAAAGAGGAAGAGAAAAGGAAAAACAAAACUUGUUAGAAAAGGGUCAACAUCUGAGGAGACUGGACAAAAUGCUAAAGUGCUCAGGAACAGGACAUGUGUCAUUAACUACAAGAAACACAUAAAGCUGUCUAAUGUGACUGAGAAGAAGAAUCCACGCAGAUGUGCCACUUUGGCUGCUAAUAAAAUUAAGAAAAUGAGUGAUACAAAGGAAGAAUUAUCAAGCUCAGAAAGUGUUCACACGGUAAAAAAGAACAGAAGGCAGCUUCAUGGCAAUGUGUCUGCAGCAUCCAGGAAGAAACUUAUUGGCAGCUUGGAGGUGGAUGCUUGCUUGAAGUCUGAAGAUGAGAAAGAACAGCUUUCUGGCAGAAAAAAACUUUCCUGCUCUGAAUUGCCUGCUCUUAAAAGAAAAUACAUCAGUGACUCUGAGAAUGAAAGAACAGAAUCUGAGGCAGAGGUAAAAGUGACUCAAAAGCAGAAUGAUGAUGAUAACCACAAGCGGGCAGACAAAACAGUUUGUGUUGUAGCUCUUAAAAAUCUCAAAUUUGAUUCUUCCACAAACCACAAAAUGGAAAAUGGGAGAAAGUGGGGAAGUUCUAGUCAGUCAACUUCAGCCCACAACCAUCAUGUGAGCAGCUCUGAAGAGGAAGGAGAUUCUGACUUAGCUAAACGUGAAACAAAAAAUACCAGAAGAGCGUCAAAUAAAAAAUCUAGAUCUUCUUUCAAAAGAUCAAAAUUAUUGGAUGACUUCAAAGAAACAGAAAAAUCUGAACCAGGGGGCAAGAAGGAUGAAAAAAGCUCAGUGUCAGGGAAUAUGGAAGCAUCUGGGACUGCAAGAGGUUCAAAACUCAAUUUCAGCUGUUCUGAUUCAGACUCUGAAUCUGAUGACAGUAUCUAUAGUGAUGCAACAGAGACAAGAAAAAGGAAAAGGAAAUCGGAAGGCGCUAGGAAAGAAAUUAGCAAUUCCAACUCAAUUAAGCCUUCCAGAAGACCCCAGCGAAGGAAACGUUGGAAGCCCAACCAAGAGAACGACUCUGAAGAUUUGGAUUACAUCAAAUACAGGAGAGCUAAUCGGCGUUCUAAGAUACAAACUCGCAACGGUGGUAGACGGACUGUGAGAUACAAUGAUUGUGAUGAAGACGACUAUGACAGAGGUUUAGAUGAUGUAGCUCGUGAAACGUAACCUUAAAAGGAAAGGCCAGCCCACGGUUUUUUUUUCCUCCUUUGGUGUUUUAUUUUCUUUUUUUCUUUUUUUUUUGAUGGUAAUAGCACUAGAACUCAUGAUGGAUGCUGGCUUUUCUUUGUCCUACAUUUCAGGGAAUAUAUUUAUAUUUUUCUAUGAAAAAGUUAUGAAUGUGAUUAGAUGAUGACUUUCUCCUUUUCAUAUUUUGACUUGCACUUGCCUGCCCAUGUAGCAGCCUUUAGCACAGAUGCCAAAAUGUGCCUCAUUAUAGGGGCAAUUUUUUUUGUCUUUACUGGUAUUUUAUUACAUAUAACAAGAGUUAAAAGAAAAAAAAAAAAGGUAAAACACUGCGCAACAGGUUAAUAGCAGUAUGUUGAGUAUUAUUGUUAUGGGUGCUGCAAUGGAAUACUACCUAGGUCAUACAACAUGCAAGAACAGAUUUCAGACAUCUCCAACGCUGUAUGAAAUCGCAUACAAUAUUGAAACAGGCUUAAAAUGAAUACAACACACUAUACAAAUCUGGUGGAUGCUUAGCAUUGCAUCAACAAAGUGAUGAACGGUCACUAGGCUAGUAACUUGACAACUUGUGCGAGUACAAGUGUUAAGUGUUCUGUACUUCCAUUGUUGAGAACAUGUGACUAGAACCAGUUACCAGCUGUUGAAAAAAGCAUACUUGCCAAUGAAAAAGGCCUAUUGGUGCUGGUGAAGAGAGGGUUUAUGCUGACAGGUAGUACUAUCAUCAUUAAUGUGACUUCUAUACUGUAAAGUUAAGAAUAUGAAAUGCAGGUGAAUGAACUCUUGGGCCUAAGGGGUUUUGUGUGUUUUCUUUAUAAAACAGAAAACCAAACAAAAUGCUUGUUUCUGUUUUCUUUAUGCGUGAAAGGUUUGAGGUGCAGGAUUCUUACAUUCCAGACCUUUUUGCUACAUUUCUGUUGUUCUUCUAUGUUUAAAAGUUAAUUGCUUUAAUGUUAGACUUCUCACUGAUUAAACCUUACCAGUUUCUGACUAUUACAGUACAUCUCCUAUUCUUGAGGUGGCUGUUGUUGUUGUUGUUGUCAGAUCUUGUGUGGACAAUAGGAGAAAAUUCCUCCAGGGAAAAUGUGUAAAUUCUUGGUUGGCCUUGUCAGCUGUGAGAAAGCAGAGCACUUCUAAACUCUGGCCUUGCUUUUCCCUGGACUUGUGCUGGCAGAAGCCCCACAGUUGCUGCCUUCAGUCCAACACCAGGUGCUUCAUUUCCUCUCCUUUCAUUUCCCCCACUCUAGGUUUGUUUUUCCCUGUGCUCUGCUGGUUCCCUGCCUCUCACAGAUUUAGCACUUCUUGAUCUUGUUGUUCAAUAGUAAAUACAUUAGAAUAUUAGAUUUAUGCUAAACCAGCUCAUUUUAACUGAAAUAGCCAUUUUGUGAAUUAGUUUUUCAGCAGAUUGGUCUGGUGGUUAACAGCUGGAAAGGGUUUUGAAGAAAACUUAGUGCAACUGUGUAAUUAGUAAUGCCAGAACUUCUUGUACAAGUGGCAGUGGAGUAGUGGGGAAAGGAGUCCCAUAUGCUUCUUACCAGCGCUUAGUGGGAAUCGCUUGAGCAAGGUUGGUGACGUGCCAAAAGGUGUAUUUACCAUCAUUUUUGUGUCUAGAAUGCUAUUCAAUACAAAGACAAGUUAUUUUUUUCUUUGAAAUUUCUGUAUGAAGCUCAAACAACUUCAUAACAUUCUUGCCCCAGAAAUUUUAUUUAGAGCAAAGUCCUUAAUAUGAUGUUUUGGAAAAUUCAGGAUACAUGUUUAUCAAAAUAGUUUAAGUUGGCUUCUAAAAUAUGAGCAGUUAUAUUUAGUGAUGAAACUUUGAGGUAGCUUUGUGUAUCUUACCUUUAAGGGACAACUUUGUUAGAAGAAUGAGUCAACUGGUAUUUUUGUAUUAUCCAUAAACCAAAGGCAUUGUUCAGCAGCUGCUUAUGAUCAAUGUUCUAUGGGGUAUAACCUCCAGUAUUGGAAUAAAUGCUGGUAUAAUAGCUCUUGAGUGAACGUCAGAGUUGUUAACUUACCUUGUUUGAAGAGCUAAAAUUGGGCUGGUAGGUUUGCAUUUCUAAUUCAGGCUAAGAUUUAAGAAGACUGAUUUCUCUUUUGCCCUUUUCUAGUUUUGUGUUCUCUGACACACUGCACUCAUGCUCUUACAUACUCAUGGUGACACCUGGGAGAAGGUUCUGGCCUCUGUACUUGCAUAUGUGAAAGGAAGUUACUAGCCUAGGGAACACUUUCUUCAAAGUAAAAUAAAUGCUGGUUUGUAUGUCCUAAUUUUAUACCUACAGACAGAUUGCAAAGAGCCAUUAGGAGAACAAACAAACUGGAAAGGGACUUUUUCACUGUCUUAAGGUUUGAAUUUUCUUUCAUUAAAAUGUAUUUAAUUAAGCAUGCUCUUUAUCAGAACUGACUCUUUCGAGACCUGGAGAACGCAGGUCUUUCAGUUUCCUGGUAAUUUUAAUCAGCAUUCUUUAUUUGGUCUGGCUGUACUCAGGGAAGUAAAGCAAUGUAGUAGACCUGUAAAAAUGGUAACUUUAUUUAAAGCCGUUUAAUGCAGUGCAGUAAUAAGCUGAUGCUUUCAGUGUGGGUUUUUUGGGGGCGAGGAGGGUUGUUUUAAAACAGGAUCUGCAUCUGGGAUACUUAAUAAGCUAUAAAGGGGCAGCAUCAACAGAGAAAAGUACUGAAACUACAGGUCAGAGGCGUAGGAGAAUCAGACUCUUUAGUAUUGAACACUUUUAUGAUGUACAUGUAGAAGUGGACCAAAGUAAAGCUGUACACAAAA